AAUCCCGCCCUUGACCGCCACGGGUGAAAAGCAUGUUGAAGCCAAAAGUUAUUACCCAAGUCCUUCAGCAAGCCAACACCGCAGGCGUUCACGCCGCACUUCUCUUAAACCCCGACGGAUCACUGGUGUCCUUUGCAGGGGGGACGGAGAAGGAUGCCAAGGUCUUGGCAGCAGUGGCCAGUAAUGUGUGGUUUGGAUAUGAGCGGUACGGUAAACCUCCUGCUGCGAAUUCAGUGGAGGGUGGGGAGGGAAAAGAAGGUUUGCGAAAUUUGAUACUGGAUUGCGAGCAAGGGAAGCUAUCGAUAACAAGGACAAGCAGGAUGCUCUUAUGUCUAGUGGCUGAUGAAAGGGUGGAAUGGGGUUUGCUAAAGGCAAAGACAAGAACACUGAAAGAAUAUUUGGAAGGGCCAUUAAACUUGGUUGCGAGUUAUUAACGAGAGAGAAAUCUUUGCCAAGCAGGCUGAGCAUCUUGUCGUUCCCCAUCUACUUUCUUGAUUAUGAAUUAUUGAAUACAUACAUAAAAGCGCUUUAACUAUCUCCCUAAGUACAAAUCGCCACUGAUAGUUG